GAUACCACCCUUCAUCAAUUCAAAAGGCAACUCCUUUGUGAGCUGCGGCCAUGUGAUGAAAUCACAUACAAAUUGACCAGGGUGGAUGUGAUUUUGGGGCUGGAGAAGCUAGAAGAUGAUGCGAGCACUCUGGUUGAUGUAGGCAUUUCCGCUGGUGCUGAGGUAGAGGUCCUUUUCAGAGCUUUGGAGCCUGUCGAAUGUGGAGCCUUCUGGGAAUGUGGUCUUCUAACGCGGGAUGUACUUGCUGUCACUAUCCCCAGCUCAGUGACUGCGAUUGUUGUUGGAGCCUUUGCUGGCUGCAUGGCAUUGGUGAAAGUGGACAUUCCCAACACAGUGGUGCAGAUUGGAGUCUGUGCCUUCAAGAACUGCAUCUCGUUGGAAAGCUUGACAAUCCCUAACUCUGUGACGGACAUUGGAGCUGCGGGCUUCGAGAGCUGUAGAUCAUUGAGAGCAGUGACCAUCCCCAAGUCCGUGACAUCGAUGGGACCCCACGCUUUCAUGAAUUGUAGCUCAUUAGAAGAGCUGGUCAUUGCGAACUCUUCAGAGCUUUGCAACAUUGGAGACUUUGCUUUUGCCCAUUGCAGCUCGUUGAGACAUGUCAUCAUCCCAGACUCUGUGACUGACAUUGGAGAGGGUGCCUUCCAAAAUUGCAGUUUGUUGGAAACGUUCGCCAUCCCUAAUUCUGUGACCGUCAUCAAAGCUUCAACUUUCGAAAACUGCAGCUCCUUGAGAGCAAUGACGAUCCCGGACUCUGUGACUUCAAUUCAAACUGGUGCCUUUCGCGGCUGCAGAUCCUUGCGAGAAGUUGUCCUCCCCGAUUCGACAGAUCUUGCAGGGGAUGCCUUUGAGUCCACAACUGUGCUGUCCAAGAGGCAAUGCGGUGAAUCUGAGGGGCGAGGUCAAAAAGGGAAGAUGACAUGCGGUAAAAAGGACAAACAGCUUCACACAUGGCGACCAAGGAAUGGAAUAUGACUAUGACUGACUUUUUGGGAUAUCUCC